CGUUUAGGAGGAGGUCAACAAGUCUCAUUUUCAUACCGCCUUUCUUUCUCCCAGGUUCCCCCUCUAGUUUUCACCGAUUCUCAGAUCCCAAGAACUCAAUCUUGCAGAAAAGGAGCACCAAGUUUCAUACCACCACUUUCAUAAAUUUUGAAAUUCUCUGCUUCUCUCUAUCUUCAUGACCUUGUUUUGGUUGAUUAUUUUAUGGAAGAUAUGACCAAGUCCAACAAUUUCCUGCAUAAUUUAAUCAAGACAUUCAACAAGUUUGGGCCUAAUCGAGAGGGACAGAACGAGGAGGACUUGGAGAGGAUUGCUGCACAGGAGCAGAAGUUUUUUACUUUUGACACCUUAGUCUCUGCCACUAAAAAUUUCCACCCAACACACAAACUUGGUGAAGGUGGGUUUGGACCUGUUUACAAGGGGAAUUUGGAUGAUGGGAGAGAGAUUGCUGUGAAGAAGCUGUCACAAAGUUCAAGUCAGGGGAGGAAAGAGUUCUUGAAUGAGGCCAAGUUGUUGGCAAGAGUGCAACACCGGAAUGUUGUGAAUUUGUUAGGAUACUGUGCACAUGGCAUAGAGAAGCUACUGGUUUAUGAAUAUGUGUUUAAUGAAAGCCUUGACAAGAUCCUUUUCAAGUCCGAUAGACGAGCAGAGCUUGACUGGAAACGAAGAUUUGACAUAAUAAAUGGUAUUGCGAGGGGAUUGCUUUACCUUCACGAAGACUCACACAACUGCAUUGUCCACCGGGACAUCAAGGCGAGCAAUAUUUUAUUGGAUGACAAGUGGGUUCCGAAGAUUGCUGAUUUUGGCAUGGCCCGCCUCUUCCCUGAAGAUCAGACGCAUGUAAACACUCGCGUAGCUGGUACAAAUGGGUAUAUGGCUCCGGAGUAUGUCAUGCACGGGCAACUAUCAGUGAAGGCUGAUGUGUUUAGCUUUGGUGUGCUGGUUUUGGAGCUGAUCAGUGGCCAGAGGAAUUCGACUUUUAACCACAGUACUGAUACACAGAAUCUUCUUGAUUGGGCAUAUAAACUCUUCAAGAAAGGGAGGAGCCUGGAGAUUAUGGACUCAACAUUAGCAUCAUCGGCUGACACUGAACAAGUUGCAAUGUGCAUUCAUAUAGGUUUGCUAUGCACACAAGGUGAUCCAAAGUUACGCCUCGAAAUGAGACGGGUAGUAGUUAUGCUAUCAAAGAAGCCCGCCAAUCUACUCGAACCUACGAGACCUGGAGCACCCGGUUCUCGAUAUAGAAGAUCUCAUAGGCCUGCAACAUUUUCGUCGACUGCUGGAAGCUCCGGUGCAUCUGACUCUGGUACAUUUGGUUCAAGCAUAAGUACUACCACCAGAAGCUCUGCAAGCACUUCAGCGCAAACAGGCUCUGGAUUUGAUCCACAUGGAAAACGCCCCAUGCAAAUUUAGGUCAUACUAUUAUAAGCAGAUUUCAUUUAUUCUUUUUCUUCUGUAUCAUAUAUAGUUUAUGCAUUACUCGGUCAUUUAAUUAGCUUGUAAAUGUUAAUUAAAUUUAUUUUUUUUUGCCAAUACAAAGGAAUUUUUUCAGUCA